AUGUACCAACUACCGAGGGAUUACGCUCCUGUCUAUACCAGGGAAAGUGUUCAACAGGAUAUCCUGAACAGAAUCAAAGACCAAGUAGAUGCUCACCUAAGGGACCAGCAAGCUGGCUUCCGUAAAGACAGAUCCUGUCCAGAUUGUGAGAGGGAGUUCGAAAAUCUGGACAGGAAAACUCUCUGGAACCUACUCCGACACUAUAAGGUGCCUGGAAAGAUAGUUAACACCAUCAAAAAUUCUAAUGAAGGGAUGACCCGCAGAGUAGUCCAUGGAGGCCAGCUUACAGAGGCCUUCGAGGUGAAAACAGGAGUUUGUCAAGGGUGCUUGCUCUUCCCAUUUCUCUUCCUGCUCGCUAUUGACUGGAUAAUGAAGAUGUUGACGGUCAACACAACAACAGGAACCCAGUGGGCACGGAUACUUUUCAAGCAACUUGACGAUCUCGACUUCACAGAUGACCUGGCACUAUUGUCCCAUACCCGACAACAAACACAGGAGAAAAUCAACAAUGUACCAUCCACCACAGUUUAA